UGAGCUUAAUGAUUUUUACCCUUUUAUUUGGUAUAUUUUUUUUUAUACCCUUAUAUCCAAAUUAAAUAUUUUUAUUUUUUUAAUUUUUUUUCCGUUUUUUCUUUCUUUUCUUCACUCGACUUUUCUCUUCUCCUCCAUCACCCUUCCGCCAAAGCUGGCUAAUCUCCUCUCAUUUAUCAAGCUUUCUUCACUUAGUUGCCCUUUUGCCAAACAACCUCGUUUCAUCUCCCUGGUCGUCAAAUUUUCAUACAAAAAAAUUGAUGGUUUGGAAUUCGAAAUUAAGGUAUUGUGAAGAAGGAGGACAUGGAUUUGUAUACGAAGCUCAAGGGUGGUGCUUCAUGGCGGAAGCAAAUGCCCAAGCUUGCUGUUUUGCUUGGCCUCUCUGAUAAAAUGCCUGCUCUGUAUCAAAUCGGUCUCCGUUAUACUGGAGGUGCCUGUAUGCUUUUAAUGCUGUCACUAAAGUUUGGCAUUAUACCAACUGUGAUGCCGAUUGGUGUUCGAGAUUUUGACAUUGAUGGGGGACUUUGGGUCAAAUUGAGAUUGAUACCAACAGAGCCUUUUGUAGGAGCUGUUUCAUGGGCUUUCAUUGCACUUCCAAAAAUCAAAUUCGUGUUGGCACCAUUCCGCUUGUUCAAUUUAAUGGCUUUAAUAUGACAGGUGGAUUUGUCAACAUUAGGGAGACUGUUUAUCAAUCACGUUUUGGCUGAGAACUACUUUGCGGGAUAUUUUUGUUUUACUCGCUAUGCUUGACUGCAAUUCAGCUUUAAUAUGACAGGUGGAUUUGUCAACAUUAGGGAGGCUGUUGGCAAGGUUGAAGGUGAUUUUUAUGCAGGGUGGAGGUCCAACGAGCAAUUCCCAUUCUAGCAAAAGCAUAUGGUGACAGCAUGCACAAAAUUCUACAUGUUGGCCCUGAUACUUGUUCAGUGGUUUCUAAAUUGCUAAAGGAGAAAGAAACU